AUGCUGCUUCCUCUCCCUCCUCUCCCCACCUGCCCUUGUAAACUCCACCUUUUUCAAACCUUUGUCUUCCAAAACACCAGUUUUGUGGAAAUUUCCGCCUGAGCCAUCCCAGAGGACAUCCUCUUUGCUGCCCUGGGAAAUAAGAAAUACUCCUGGAACAUCCUCUACUUCUACCCAUGGGUCUACCUGACCCUGCCUGCAGCACAGUGGGACAACCUGCAAAAUSUGUUUAGGGUCUAUGUGCACAAUUUUAUUGUGUCCAUCUCCAGUGAUUCCAGGAGGUACCCAACACCCUACCCCUUUGUGUUCCACUUCACCACUGGCUGCAACUUUUACCCCAAUGGUUUGUAWGCCAGAUUCUAACAUCUUGYCUAAAAUGCCCACAACUUUUCAGCUUUGACACAGACAACAGAUAUGGAGAGAUGGCAGGAGACUGAUCUGGCAAUGCAAGCUGUGAGAAUGUUCAACACCUUCACCAGCUUCUCUGCAAUCCUGCAGCACCAAUAUUCCCUGUCCAUUGAGUAUGGGAAGGCAGCUCUGAAGAGACAAGAGCGGCCUGUGGCCACGGUCUUCACCCACACCCCCAGCCUAGACCAGCUGCUUCUCGUUUGCCACGUCACCGGCUUCUACCCCCGUCCCAUCAGCGUGGCCUGGCUGCAGGAUGGCCAUGAGGUGCCUCUGGACCCAGUGCUCAACUCCAGCACCAUCCUGCCCAAUGCUGACCUCACCUACCAACUCCGCAGCAUCCUGGCCAUGGCCCCCCGUGAUGGGCACAGCUAUGUCUGCCGUGUGCGCCACUGC